GGUACUAUCGUUGUUAUCCUCAGUAAGGCUUGUGAGAAGUUGGCCUGUUGAAAUAUCGCAAACCAUUCACUAUUUGUCUGAAAUAGUGGCUCCUAGCGAAAAUCAUGAACAAGUUGUAUUGUAACCAGUCUUCGCAAUUUUUUCCCAUAUUCACUGAACUUGAAGAUCUUCGUUCGACUUGUAUCGCCAACUGUGUCUUUAACAUUUUUCUUACUUACACCGCCUUCAUGUUGAAUAUUGUGACAAUCUACGCCAUAUACAAAACUUCAACAAUGCCAAACACUUUGAAAACUCUGCUGCUAAGUCUCGCCUUCUCGGAUGCUGCUGUUGGUUUGUUUAGUCAACCAUUAUACACUUUCUUUCUGAUCAACUGGCUUCGACUAGACAAUCCUAGCUGUAACGCUAAACAAGUGCGGACGAUUUCAAAUACUUUAUUUUCAGGUGCUUCGUUCCUUGGUGUUGUGGCUGUAAGUGUAGACAGGUUCUUAGCUGUUCAUCUUCAUCUCAGAUACCAGGAGCUUGUGACUCACAGGCGUGUUGUUAUUGUUGUAAUUGGCAUAUGGGUGUAUAGUGCAUUUCUUUCUUUAAUAAUAUUGUGGGAGCUUCAUAGUACUCGGGAUCUUAUACGUACGAUAAGUGCUGCUUUCGGUUUUAUUAUUACACUCGUGGUGUACAUCAGGAUAUAUCAAACAGUACGACGGCACAAGAAUCAGAUUCAGUCCAUGCAAAUACGAAACGAAGCUCAGUCUGAGGAGAUAAAAAACUUUAAUAUCCUCAUUAGAUCCACAGCUGGCAUAUUCUACGUAUAUCUCGUGUUUUUAAUUUGUUAUUUGCCCUACUUCAUUUGCAAGGCUGUUAUUCAAAUCUAUGGUUCGAGUAUCGUUUUAAAGAAACUUUAUCUUUACUCACUGACUCUCGUGUUCCUAAAUUCAUCUUUGAACCCUGUAAUUUACUGCUGGAAGAUGAAACACAUUCGACACACUAUCAUAGACAUACUGGGAAAGAUGUCUUGGAUCAGCAAUCGGCCAUUUCGGAUCAACUACAAUCGGUCAUCGAAUGUCGUUCAUAUUGAUAACUGAUCCACUCUGUGUGGCUUAAAAAGACUAUGCACGGUAAUUGUUUAUGACAAAGUGAAAUGGGGACAAGCAAGAUUGUACAUAAACUAAGUUAUAAGACCCGGUAGCCAAAUAAUUGCGUAGUUCCAAUUUUAAGUACACAAUAAAUCGAAUAAUCUCUGGUGUGGAAGGGCAGGAACUAAUUUUGGCAAGAAAGCUGGUUUUGUCAUCGAUAGAUGGUGAUAUUGUAAUUAUGGUUGCAAAGGAGCUAGUAUUUACGAGAGAAGAAAAAAAUCGAUGUUAAUCA